UAAAACGCGCCACAAUCUUUAUAAAAGAUUGAUUUUGUUUAUUUAUUUAAAAACCAUGGACGAAAGCGAUCAAAUAGUGGAUAAGGGUGAUGACGCGGAGCUCCCACCACCCACUACCGCGAUUUCGGGUCAAAUAAAAGCUAUUGCCAAGGACACAGUUCACAAAAUCUGCUCAGGACAGGUGGUUCUCAGUUUGGCAGUGGCGGUUAAAGAGCUGGUGGAGAACUCCAUAGAUGCGGGUGCCACUCUGGUGGAGAUCAAGCUAAAGGAUCAGGGAUUGCAAGGUGUGGAGGUCAGCGAUAAUGGCAGUGGCGUGGAGGAAGUGAAUCUGGAGGGCAUGACUGCCAAGUACCACACAUCAAAGAUAAGGGAAUUCGUGGACCUUUUAGGCGUGGAAACUUUUGGGUUCCGUGGCGAAGCUUUAAGUUCACUUUGUGCCUUGUCUGAUAUGGUUAUCCAAACACGGCACGAGUCCACUGAAGUGGGCAUUAAGGUGGAGCUCGACCACGAUGGCAGGAUCAAGAAGCGUUCUCCGUGUGCUCGUGCAGUGGGCACCACUGUAACUCUGGCCAAUCUGUUUGCCACUCUGCCCGUUCGACGCCGUGACUUCACCCGUAAUAUCAAGAAAGAGUUCACCAAAAUGUGCCAGAUCCUGCAGGCCUACUGUCUAGUCACCAAGGGAGUUCGCAUCCUGUGCAGCAAUCAAACUCCCAAAGGCGCCAAAACAGUAGUGCUCCAGACGCAUGGAAACCAGGAAGUCUUAGCCAAUAUAUCAGCUAUAUUUGGAGCACGCCAGGCGGCUGAUCUGGUGCCCCUGAAGUCGCCGUUCGAGCAGGGUCAGCUGAGCGAGGCGGGAUUGCGGGCCGAUCUCGAAUCCACUGCAGAUGCAGCCGAUACCACUUGCCCACAAAUCAGCUCCGAGGAUGUGGAGCGGCUUAACCAAGCCGACUUUCAACUGGAGGGAUUCAUUUCCAGCUGUCGACAUGGCGCUGGCCGCUCUAGCAGAGAUCGUCAAUACUUCUUCGUCAAUUCAAGGCCCUGUGAUCCUAAAAAUAUAGCCAAGGUCAUGAACGAGGUGUACCAUCGCUAUAAUGUUCAGCAGCAGCCAUUUAUAUACCUCAAUAUUGUCACCGCUCGUUCUGAUGUGGAUGUGAAUCUUACGCCCGACAAACGCCAGUUGCUGAUCAACAACGAGCGGAUUCUACUGCUGGCGCUGAAAAAAUCUCUAUUGGACACUUUUGGCCAGACUCCAGCUACAUUUCAAAUGCAAAACACCACCAUUGUGAGCAUGCUGGAGCCUAAACCGAAGCAGGAGAAAACCGAAUCCCCUAAAGAACUGGGCAAUGAAGAUAAGAACGAGGAAGGCGACGAUGAAGAUGUUCCUAUUAGCUCCUCGCAGAGAUUUAUGGAUGUGCUUACCCAGUGGCGACGGACUGGUGAUACGAAAGGUACAGCACCUUCAGUUCCUGUCAAGCGCCGCUGCAGUGAAACUGAAGAGUUGGCCACUCGCUCUAUGAAAAUGCAGAAGAUUCAUAAUUUUCUCAGUCAAGAGUCGCCGAAAGAACAGAACUCCAAAUGCGAAUCGGAAUCUGAAGGAGCAAGUGAUAAUGAAAAGAUAAAGGAGAACAAGGAACAGGGCUCCCUUGACGAUAGUUUCUUGAAUCUUAAAGAAAUGGCUAAGGAGUCAGAAGCCUAUGAUCUUUUGAUGAAACCAGCCAAAGAAGCUCGCAUUGAUUGCAAGGUUCUAACGCCAGUUAAAAGCCGUCGUAGUAUUGCUGAAUUUAAGCCAGAAACAAAAGCAGCCAAACAGGAGACAAUUCCAGAAUCUCACCCAGAACCACCCAGCUUAUCUCAGUUAUCCGAAGAAACCGAUAUUGGCAGCGAGGAUGAUGAUCACAUUGAGCUACCCACUCGUAUAGAGUUUGAUGAAGAGGUGGAAGAAGGGCCGCCGGAAAAUUUUUCAAACGGAGAACUGCGCACCACGCUGGAUGAGAUUGCGUCCUCUUUAAAGGCCCAGGAGCAGCAGCAGCGGGAUCGCAGGGCACGUGCCAAGCUGCAGCGUCUACGUUUCAAGACCGAAAUUAAUCCGAACCAGAACAGCAACGCGGAGGCCGAGUUGCAGCGGGAGAUCAGAAAGGAGGACUUUGCCCGCAUGGACAUCAUAGGACAGUUUAACCUGGGCUUUAUCAUAGUCAAACUGGAGGACGAUCUUUUUAUUGUGGAUCAGCAUGCCACCGAUGAAAAAUACAACUUUGAGACGCUGCAGCGCUCCACUCAGUUGGAGUAUCAGCGCUUGACAGUGCCCCAAAAUCUCGAAUUGACGGCUGUUAACGAAAUGGUGCUUAUAGACCACCUGUCUGUGUUCGAAAAGAACGGCUUCAAGUUUGAGAUUAAUUACGAGGCUCCUGCCACAAAAAAGGUACAAUUGCUGGGCAAGCCACAUAGCAAACGAUGGGAAUUCGGCAAGGAGGACAUAGAUGAGCUUAUUUUCAUGCUGCAGGAUGCACCUGAAGGCACGAUUUGUCGUCCAUCUAGGGUACGAGCUAUGUUUGCCUCCCGAGCCUGCCGGAAAUCUGUCAUGAUUGGCACUGCCCUAAACAGGACCACCACUAUGAGGAGACUUAUCACACAAAUGGGAGAAAUCGACCAGCCUUGGAAUUGUCCACAUGGACGUCCCACCAUGCGCCAUCUCAUUAAUAUAACAAUGUUAAUGGACAACGACGAAGAUGAGGAGGAGACUACUGAAGUCCAACAAAAGUCAGAAUGAGUGUCAGAUUCAGAUAGCUUACAGACCAAAGCAUAAAAUGCAUAAUUAAUUAUUGUUGCGGUUUUUAUUUUAUUUAACUUUUCUUUUGAGCCACUAAGUAUACGUCAUUGUUCUGUAAAUGCUUACUUGAUUAACGAUUAAACGACAGGAUCAGACUUACAACUAGA